AUUUAAUCAAAUAUGGAUCAAAUAGAGGAAGAACAUAAGAUAAUUCAUCUAGAAAUCAAGUAUACUACAGAAAUUCAUAAAAACGUACCUAUUGAUCUAAAUGGAACCGUACUCAAAUUCUAAGAGACUCUCUAAGAAAUACUCAAGGUCCCAAUUGAGAAAUAGAAGAUUAUGAUUAAAGGAUCUCUUUUAAAAUAAGACUAAAAUCUUUCAAAAUUGAAUCUCAAGAAUGUAAAAUGGCAUUUAUAUCUUAGGGAUAAUAAAUUAUGGUUAUGGGUGCAAGAGAAGAACAUCUUUUAAAUUUGAAAUAAGGCAAGAAAAUAUUUGAAGAAGAUCUCACACCAGAAUAGAAGGCUAUUUUUUUGAAAUAGAAAGCAGGAGUAUAUAUACAAAAUCUAUCUUAUUAGAUUGUUUUACCAAUAGGAUUAGUCAAUUAAGGAAAUACAUGUUAUAUGAAUGCCUCAAUUUAAAUUUUGAGAAGAGUCAAUGAAUUGAAUGAAUAUGUAAAAAAUAAUGCAAAGUAAGGAUAAGGACCUAGUGUCAAGUUAUUUAAUGCAUUAAAUGAUGUUUUCUAAAAACUUGAACUCAAAGGUGAACCAUUUAAGCCUUUGAAUUUUAUGACUGUAAUACAUUUUCUAAAAAAGUAUAGAUCUUCUUCUAGUUGUAUCCAGAAUUUGCUUAAAGGGAUAAUCCAAUGACAUUCAAAUAAUAAGAUGCAGAUGAAUGCUUUUAAAAUAUUCUUUAAACUAUUUAACCUUUGACUAACUAUGAAAAUGAAGAGGGAUAAUAAAAAAAUUUAAUUUCAGAUUUAUUUGAAAUAGAAUUGAAAGCAACAAUUGAGAAUUAAGAUAUUCCAGAUGAACCAAAGAAGGUUAGUGUAGAGAAGGGUAAGAAGUUAAUGUGUAUAAUUGAUAAUCAAAGCAAACCAGUAAAUACUUUAGUUGAAGGUAUUACAGUGAGUUUGGAAGAAUAAAUGGAGAAGAUUUCUGAGACAGAUCAGCAAACUCAUAUUUAUAAGAAAACACAAAGAAUUAGUAAAUUAGUAAGAGUUUAUAAUUUAUAUUAAAGCCAAGUUAUUUAUUAUGUUAAAUGGUUAGAUUUUAUUGGAAAAUAGGAGUUUAAGGAAAGGAAGGAGUGAAGGCUAAAAUAUUGAGAAAUGUUGCAUUCCCAAAGAUUUUAGAUUUAUUUGAUUUUUGUGCUCCUGAAUUAUAAGAAUAAUUACAAACAGGAAGAGAUUAUGAAAAAAAGAAAAAUUUGGAAAUGGCUGCUAAAGAGACAGAUGAGUUGGAAUAAUUCAAAAAAGAUUUAGAAGCAUCUGGAAAGAUGGUACCAGAUGAUACUAGAGAAAUUUAUAAAUAAUUUAAGGCUAAAAAAUAAUAAGAAGAAAUAAAGAAUCAUGAUGAUUAGUUGUAUAGAAAACAUGGAUUUGGAUUAGUUACAGGAAAUUAUGAGUUAAUUGGUGUUUUAAGUAAUUAAUUAUUUUAAUUAAUAGCUCAUACUGGAAGAGAGGCUGAUUCUGGACAUUAUAUGGCAUGGGUUCAUCAUUCAGGUGAUAAUUGGAUAUGUUAUGAUGAUGAAAAGACUUCAGAGAGAAAAAUUGAACAUAUAUUAGAUUUAAGAGGAGGUGGAGAUUGGCAUAUGGGUUAUUAUCUGCUUUAUAGAAGAUUAGAAAUUGAGUGAUA